AUGGCGGCACAACAAGACUACAAGUUCGAAGGAUGGAUGGGCCUUGACAAAGAAUCGGCGCAAGGCAAGAUGGUCUGGCAGGGCUUCCAGCCGAAGCCUUUCGAAGACGCAGACGUCGACAUCGAGAUUGAAUGCUGCGGUAUCUGCGGCUCAGACAUCCACACCUUGAGAUCUGGAUGGGGAGCAACUCCAUAUCCUGUCUGCGUUGGCCACGAGAUCGUCGGCAAGGCCGUCCGCGUGGGCUCCAAAGCCGAGAAGGGCAUCAAAGUUGGUGAUCGUGUGGGUGUCGGUGCUCAGAACAGCUCUUGCUUGAAGCCUGACUGCGAGGAAUGCUCUUCUGGUCUGGAGCAGCACUGUACCAAGAGUGUCAACACUUUCGCGGACAAGUAUCCCGAUGGCUCCAUGUCGUAUGGCGGAUAUGCGAACUACCAUCGCUGUCCAUCACACUUCGUCUUCAAGAUCCCCGACUCGAUCUCCAGCUCAGACGCCGCUCCCAUGCUCUGCGGUGGAAUCACAGUCUACAGCCCCCUGAAGAACAACAACUGCGGACCCGGCAAGAAAGUCGGCAUCGUCGGCGUAGGAGGCUUAGGCCACUUCGGAGUGCUCUUCGCAAAGGCCCUUGGCGCAGACCGUGUCGUCGGCAUCUCUCGCAGGGGCGACAAGCGCGAGGAUGUGCUCAAGAUGGGAGCGGACCAGUACAUCGCCACCGAGGAGGACAAGGAUUGGCACAAGAAGAACGCUCGAUCUCUGGACUUGAUCGUCUGCACGGUUUCGUCGCCGAAGAUGCCGUUGAUGCGUUAUUUGCAGUUGUUGAAGGUGAAGGGGACUUUUAUCAUGGUCGGUGCACCGGAGGAUAAGCUGCCUGACAUGACUGCUUUCGCGUUCAUUGCCAAGGGCGUCAAGUUUGGUGGUUCCAUGAUUGGGUCCCCGGCGCAGAUUGAGGAGAUGUUGCAGUUGGCGGCGGACAAGCAGAUCAAGCCAUGGAUCAACAAGUACCCAAUGAAGGAUGCGAACAAGGCGAUUGUGGAUAUGGAGGAGGGUAAGGCGAGGUACAGAAUCUCGCUGUGCAACUAG